UACUGAUAAACCUGAAAAUAGAAAGAGCAUUGACAGAGAGUUAGCGGAAACUAGGAGAAAACUUUAUGAGACUCAGCUCAAACUUACUCAAGCAGAAAAAGGAGAUGAAAUCAAGUCUGAUUCAACUCUGGAAGCUAGAAUUAAAGAAUUAGAGGCAGAAAGGGAAGAAUUGAAGAAUCGUAAUGAGGAAUUGAAUUCCUUCAUUCGAAAUUUGGAAGGCAUGAGUGAGGAUGAUCUUAAGAGUCAAAAUGUUCAAUUACAUCAACAAAUCGCGGAAAAAACAAAGAAGAUUGAAGCUUCCAAACAGCUCAUUAAAGGACAGCAUGAAAUAAUUGACAAUUAUAAGAGUCGUGAAGCCGCAAUUGAGGCUGAGAGGAAAGCUUACGCCGAAGAAAUCUCCCGUCUGAAGCAAUCUAAUGAAGAGGUAAGACAGCGUGCCGCUAAAGAGAUGAGUUUGAUCACAAGUGCUUGGUUCGGUAUGGGCCGACGUAUUCAAGGUGAUCAUGUGUUCUUGCAACGACGAGGACCCACAUCAUUUCUUAAUCAACAACGCAUGGCUCUUGAUACGCAGAAACCCACAGAAGAUAUGGUUCCAGCAACAAUUCCCUUCUUUCUACAAGAAGAAUGUAUUCAAUUCAUAUCAAAUUUUUUAACACAGAACAUGCGGAGGUUACCAUAUUGGUUAUCACACACUAGGGAAUGGAAAGAAAAUGAGGAUCAGCUUAAAGAAGUUGCAUUAAAAAUUUUGGAAACAUUGGGAAUUAUUUGGCAUAACCCAGCAUUUCGUCCGAAUUUGUUGGAGUCUGUAUUUAUUAGCACUUCUGAACGUCAAAGCAUUGCAAGUGCAGACAAAAAAGAAGACGAGAAAACAGGAAGACGACUCAACAUUAUGUUCGUCUGUAUGGAAGAUGGUAAAUUUUACGAACUGAUGUACUCAGAAUGUUCUAGAAUUACUUGCACUAAGAAAAAAGAUGACGACAUUAAAUUAUAG